GCCCACGGGCAUGGACGCUGGUAGCGGCCGCAGCAGCAGCGGUCCGGCUCCCGGCCCGGGUCCGGAAGGGGAGCAGCGGCCCAAGGGGGAACCCUUGGCGCCAGACGGCAGCUCCCCGGACAGGUCCCAGAGCAAGGCUGUGGCCCUGGAGGCAAGCCCAGAGAAAAGCUGCUCCGUCCACAGCUGCCCCCGUGAGGAAACUUCCAGUUCUUCAGGACCCCCACCAGCAACUUCCACCCUCCAGCCUGUGGGCCCAUCCAGCCCCUUGGCCCCCUCACACUUCACCUAUCCCCGAGUACCACAGGAAUACCGGGGGGACAGUUCCCUGCCAGGGCUUGGGGACCGGGCAGCUCUAUGCUCCCAUGGCUCUAGCCUCAGCCCUUCUCCAGCCCCCUCACAGCGAGAUGGGGCCUGGAAGCCACCAUCCGUGCAGCACCAUGUGGUCAGUGUCAGGCAGGAACGGACCUUCCAGAUGCCAAAGAGCUAUUCCCAGCUGAUUGCUGAGUGGCCAGUGGCCGUGCUGCUGCUGUGUCUGACUGUCAUCCUCCUCUGCACCCUGGCUGGACUGUUGGGGGACCAGCUGCCUGACUUCUCCAAGCCCUUACUGGGUUUUGAGCCUCGAGACACAGACAUUGGGCGCAAGCUAGUGGUCUGGAGAACACUGCAAGCCCUCACAGGCCCCAGGAAGCUGCUUUCUCUCUCCCCAGACUUUGAGCUGAACAGCUCAAACCCCCACACCACUCUGAGCCCCACACCCUGGAGCAGUGCCCAGGAGGGCUUGGUCCGGCCUCGUAGGAUGGUGGAACCCCUGGAAGACAGAGGGCAGGAGAACUUCUUCUGUGGUCCCCCUGAGAAGAGCUAUGCACAGCUGGUGUUCAUGUCCACCUCAGCGGGCAGCCUGUGGAACCUGCAUGCCAUCCAUUCCAUGUGUCGCAUGGAACAGGACCAGAUCCGCUCCCACACCCGCUUUGGGGCUCUGUGCCAGCGAACGGAAGCCAACAAGUGCUGUCCCAGCUGGUCCCUGGGCAACUAUGUGGCCGUGCUCUCCAACCGCUCCUCCUGCCUGGACACUACCCAAGCGGAUGCAGCUCGAACGCUGGCCCUUCUGCGGGCCUGUGCCAUCUACUACCACCGCGGUGCCCUGGUGCCCUCUUGUCUGGGCCCGGGGCAGGACAAGCCCCCACACUGCGCCCAGGUUCCCACCAAGUGCUUCCGAAGCAGUGCGGUCUACCAACUCCUGCACUUUCUGCUGGACAGGGACUUCCUGAGCCCCCAGACUGCUGACUACCAGGUGCCCUCCCUCAAGUACAGCCUGCUCUUCCUGCCCACUCCAAAGGGUGCCUCCAUGAUGGGCAUCUACCUGGACCGCCUCACCACCCCUUGGGAGCUCUCUGACAACUACACAUCCAUCACUGGCAUGGACCUGGGCCUCAAGCAGGAGCUGCUGAGGCACUACCUGGCCCAGGACACCGUGUACCCCUUGCUGGCCCUGGCUGCCAUCUUCCUCAGUAUUGCCCUCUACUUGCGCUCCCUCUUUCUCACACUCAUGGUGCUGCUGGGGGUGCUGGGGUCCCUGCUGGUUGCCUUCUUCCUUUACCGGGUGGCCUUCCGCAUGGCCUACUUCCCCUUUGUCAAUCUGGCAGCCUUCGUCCUGCUCAGCAGCGUCUGUGCCAACCACACCCUGAUCUUCUUCGACCUGUGGCGCCUCAGCAAGAGCCAGCUUCCCUCGGGGGAGCUGGCACAGCGCGUGGGCCGCACCAUGCACCACUUCGGCUACCUGCUGCUAGUCUCCGGCCUCACCACGGCCGCGGCCUUCUAUGCCAGCUACCUGAGCCGCCUGCCGGCCGUGCGUUGUUUCGCCCUCUACAUGGGCACGGCUGUGCUGGCGCACCUGGCGCUCACGCUGGCCUGGCUGCCCUCCGCCGCCGUGCUCCACGAGCGCUACCUGGCGCGCGGCUGUGCGGCCCGGGCGCAGGGCCCGUGGGGCGGCAGUGCUGCGCCCCGGCGGCUGGCGCUGGCGCUGCACCGGCGGCUCCGCGGCCUUCGGAGGGCGGUGGCUAGCACCUCGCGCCUGCUCUUCCAGCGCCUGCUGCCCUGUGGGGUCAUCAAGUUCCGCUACAUCUGGAUCUGCUGGUUCGCCGCGCUGGCGGCAGGGGGCGCCUACAUCGCUGGAGUCAGCCCCCGCCUGCGGCUGCCCACCCUGCCGCCGCCCCGAGGCCAGGUCUUCCGGCCUAGCCACCCCUUUGAGCGCUUCGACGCGGAGUACCGCCAGCAGUUCCUGUUUGAGCGGCUGCCCCAGGGAGAGGGCGGCCACAUGCCCGUGGUUUUGGUGUGGGGCAUCCUGCCUGUGGAUACUGGCGACCCGCUGGACCCCCGCAGCAACAGUUCGCUGGUGAGUGACCCUGCCUUCUCUGCCAGCGGUCCCGAGGCCCAGCGCUGGCUGCUGGCACUCUGCCACGGAGCUCGAAAUCAGAGUUUCUUUGGUGCCCAGCCGGAGGGCUGGCCCACGCUGUGCUUCAUGGAGGCCCUCCAGCGCUGGGUGGAGAGCCCUGCUUGUGCCCGCCUGGGGCCUGGCCUCUGCUGUGGCCACUCAGGCUUCCCUUGGGCACCCCAGCUUUUUCUGCACUGCCUCAAGAUGAUGGCUCUGGAGCAAGUCCCCAACAGCACCCGUGACCUAGGACCCCGCUUCAAUAGCCAGGGCGGCCUGGCCGCCCUGGUUCUGCAAUUCCAGACUAACUUCCAGUACAGUCCAGACUACAGCCAAACGCACCACUUCUACACUGAAGUCAGCCACUGGCUGGCAGCGGAGCUGGGCAGGGCACCUCCCGGCCUCCACCGGGGCUGGUUUACCAGCCAUCUGGAGCUGUACAGCCUGCAGCACAGCCUGAGCACAGAACCUGCUGUGGUGCUGGGCCUGGCUCUGGCGCUGGCCUUUGCUACACUGCUGCUGGGCACCUGGAAUGUUCCACUUAGCCUGUUCUCCGUGGCGGCGGUGGCAGGCACCGUACUGCUUACCGUGGGGCUCCUCGUUCUACUCGAAUGGCAGCUCAACACUGCCGAAGCCCUCUUUCUCUCUGCUUCCGUGGGCCUCUCAGUAGACUUCACUGUCAACUACUGCAUCUCCUAUCACCUGUGUCCACACCCAGACCGCCUGAGCCGUGUGGCCUUCUCGCUGCGCCAGACCAGCUGUGCCACGGCCGUGGGGGCCGCCGCCCUGUUUGCGGCCGGUGUGCUCAUGCUGCCAGCCACAGUGUUGCUCUAUCGCAAGCUGGGCAUAGUCCUCAUGAUGGUCAAGUGCGUCAGCUGUGGCUUUGCCAGCUUCUUCUUCCAAUCUCUCUGCUGUUUCUUUGGACCGGAGAAGAACUGUGGGCAGAUCCUCUGGCCCUGUGCCCACCUGCCAUGGGACGCUGGGACUGGGGAGCCUAGUGGGGAGAAGACAGGCCACCCACGAUCAGGGCCGGUGGGAAAGACACCAGCAUCCUGCUCAGAACAGUAUGAGCUACAGCCCCUGGCACAGCGCCGGAGUCCCAGCUUUGACACCAGCACAGCCACUAGCAAACUGUCCCACCGGCCCUCGGUGCUCUCUGAGGAUCUACAGCUGCAUGAUGGCCCCUGCUGCCCCCGGCCCCCCGCGGUCCCUGCCUCCCCAAGGGAGCUGUUCCUGGACCACCAGGCAGUCUUCAGCCAGUGCCCGGCCCUGCAGACCUCCUCCCCCUAUAAGCAGGCUGGCCCCAGCCCCAAAACCCAAGCCAGGCAGGACUCCCAAGGGCAGAAGGCUGAGCCCGUGCAGGCCUCACCAGAAGCCUCAGCCCACCCUCCCAAGCCCAAGGCCGAGGAGCCUCCCGAUUGUCUCUGCUCCUCAGCUAGCACCCUGGAGGGGCUCAGCGUCUCCGACGAGACGUGCCUAAGCACUUCUGAGCCCAGUGCCCGAGUACCAGAUUCUGUGGGUGCCUCCCCAGAGGACCUGGAUGAAACUGAGCAAACAGUACCUGAGCGGGGCCAGCUGAAUGAGAAGCGAGACACCCUCUGGCUGGCACUGAGGGAGACCGUGUAUGAUCCGUCGCUGCCUGCCUCCCACCAGAGCAGCUUGUCCUGGAAGGGCCGUGGGGCACCAGGGGAUGGCAGCCCUGUGGUGCUGCCCAACAGCCAGCCUGAUCUGCCAGACGUUUGGCUACGCAGGCCCAGCACCCACACUUCAGGCUACAGUAGCUGAAAAGGCCCAGGGAGGCAGGACUGGGGCACGGAGCCUGUCAGAAGUGACAAGAGGGGGGCAGCCCCAGACUGGAGCCUGAUAGUGUCUCCCCAUAUCAGCAUGGAGAGGUCUCACCCUCCCCUCCAGCUGUGGAUUUUAAACUCUGCCAGAUGUUUCAGCCUUGGUCUAGACUGCUACUUACUCCCCACAUCUGGAGGAUUCUGUGGAGAGGGUCUUUGGAGAGAAAUGUCAACCUCUCCUUGUAACUUGC